UGCUUCAAGAUGGCCGCCGGCUACGUUUCAACUCCUACUUUAGGCAUCUAGUUCGAUCUAAGCGGUAGCUAGGGUUGUUGCUAUGGCGACGCAAACAAAGUUAACAGCCGGCCGUGCGCGUACGUACUGUUAAACGAGGUUAUCCCCGAGGCACGACUCCGAAUCGGACGUCAUCAUGGCGGUUUUGGCACCGCGCAUCAUUCCCAUCAUGCAAUGGGACAAGCCGCCGUCAUCAAAGAACCACGUUGACAGCAGCACGCCCGUGUGCAUUCAGUCCGACACGGGCACCGCGCAAAUUUUCUACACGCUGGACGGUUCCAAGCCUCAGUGGGCGUCUUCGGGAAGCGGCGGGCGCCGCUACGUUUCCCCUUUCCUGCUGCCCGCCGGUCGAGUGUGCGUCAGAGCUGUGGCCGUCAGUAGUGACGGCAGCGAGAGCGCCACGGUCACCAAAGCCUUCAUCGUGCGAGAGGCGCCCCCAGGUGGAGAUUCUACACCAAAUUCUAAAGGGCUCCCCGUGCGUGAGGAAGCGCCGAGAUACACGAGCGCCACAUCGUCAGAGGACGCUCGCUUCCUUAGGCGUGCGCCAUUUUCGUGCACGGUGUGCGGCGCUCCCUUGCCGCAACGUGUGACUCCCCCUGCUGAUGGCCAGAAGGUGUGUUGCGUGUUGUGCGACAGUCCGGUUCCUGUGGAGGCUCUCGUUCGGAUGGGCCACGCCCACACACAGAUAUUUCCCGAGAGGACGUUGUCGUGCCCCAACUGUCGACGUGGCAAUCGCGCGGACGCCCGCUACUGCGACCGGUGUGGCGCCGAGGUGCUCGUCCGGCGCGAGCCCGCCACGUACGAGACGUGCGCCGGCUGCGGGGCCGCCGUCCCUCCGCAAGCCGUCAACUGCAUCGUCUGCGGCCUCUUCCCGGACGCUGCGCCCGCUUUCUGUCACCGUGUGGUUACAUCUAGUUGCCAGGAUGAAAAUUGCUCAAAUGCGCCCGCUUCCCGCCAGACGCAGACGUCGCCCGCCGAGCUCCGGCGGACGGAGACCAGAGCCGCCGCGCGGUCGGCGACCGAUCGGCGGGGACGUCCACCGCGUUCCGCCAUCAGCCCGGGAAGAGGUUACUGGAGGCAGCAAGUGGAUCACGUGUGCGCCCACCUGAGGAGUUUCGCCCAGAACGACACCCCCUUCAGGACUCUGCUUGGAGAGCCGCGUCUAGGCCGGAUGACCUCAGCGGUGCUACGCGAGGACGCCCACCAGGUCAGCCUGAUCCUUAGCUACACCGACGUCGGACGGCGAACCCUACGGGACGGCGUCACGGCUCCCCUGUUCAGCGACAACGUUAAAUGAGUUUGGAAAAGGGGAAGCAAAGGAAGCAUGAUGUAAAUCCGAAUGCUAAUGGGAUUGAAGAAAUUUUGUUCAUGUGAACAUACCCAACGAGACGGCGCUCAAAACUGCUUUUCCAGGUCGAGGCAGCUGACGAUCGUUCAUUUGGAGGGAACGGUUCACGCGAAGGAUGCAACAAUAUAAUCAAUCGGAAUAAUAUCUUUUCUUGUAUUUACUGUUUGAGUGUUUGUAUUACUCUAACGUACCCAAUAUAAAAUAAAUAGCAUUUUAUAUCAUAGUUUAAGGAAAUCAAGCAGAUUAUAGGGCAUAAGAGAUACAUGCAGGCAUGAAAAUGGGUCAGGGGUUAAAAAGGAGAGAAGGGUGUGGAGGACAUAUGUUCCGGCGUUCUGCCAAAAUAUCUACAUUGGCGAAAUGUCCUAUAUGAGGCAAAUUUGACACGCAAAGUACUACCGUGAACUCUCAACUUGUUUUGUUUCGAUGCAUACAGGGAGAAUGUACAAAAAAAAUGCCUUAAUAAAAGACUUAAAUGUAGUUAUAUCAAAUAAGGACGGUUUAAAUACGCUACGUGACUAAUGUGGUCAACUGCUUUAAAGAGCAUACGACAUGAGAAAAAGUCUUAAAUGGCAUUAUUAUGUGAAUUAGAAUCAUAUUUUGAGACGAUUCGACUAUAUAAAACAAUUUAACAAAGCGCAGAUGACGAGAAAUUAGUCUUUUAAUCUGCUGAUUAGCCACGCCUACCAUUAUAGGGCUUUAGCGUCCCCAACAGGUGGAUGACGUCAGCGGUAGACUGGGCUCAUCGGUUUUACUAUUCAGCCCAUUGAGGGGGAAUUAUUCAGAACGAGGAAAACGCGACGACGAGAGCCGCAAAAUGUCAUUGUUUCAGUCUCUCUACUCCAAUAUUUUUACAGGAUAUUCUUUUUAUCCAAGUAUUUUUCCCCAAUAGCUAAAUAAAUGGCUUGAGAAGGACCAGUCAGCCCGUCGAGGGGGAACUAUUCACAACGAGGAAAACGCGACGAAGAGAGCUGCAAAAUGUCAUUGUUUCUGUCUCUUUACUUCAAUAUUUUUACAGGAUAUUCUUUUUAUCCACGUAUUUUUCCCCAAUUGCCAAGUAAAUGGCAUGGUCAUGACAAAUAACAGUCUUGUGCUAAAUAGGAUAUGAAAUCAUAAAAAUGCACUUAUUCAGGACGACAUGGCAAAAUGACUCUAUAAUGGUCAAAACUGUCCACUUCACCUUUACUGUCGCACCUCCCGAACGAUAUUUUAUGACACCUAAAUCGCGCUUAUGUCAUUUCCCUUCCCCGGCUUCGGAGAAUGUAAACAAACCAAGAGGCGUGACAGCUAGCCGACAUGCUAACCCGAACCGAGUGAUGUUUCAAAGUCUUCGAAGUGGAAAAUCACACCUAACUAGCCCGGAACUUUUGACAUGACGACUGGGUUGUCGAUUGUCUUUGUGGCUCGGCAAAACGCCCGGCGGAGAGCAAUUUACAAAUCGUUCCCCGGAGGAAGGCGGCUGCAGUUGUUGUGCAGCUAACGUGCAGCUAAUGUGCAUGAGGAGAGCUUUUUACAUGCCUAUCAAUGAUCAAACGUAAGUAGUCCUUUAUUUAAAGAAAGUUUGUAGUGUUUACUUUGUAAUCGCUGUAUUGGUAUUUGACAUAAUACAAAAAACGAUGUUUACGCACUUCGUCGUAAGUCCCAUGGUCCCACAGUCAUAGGGCUUGUUUUGGCCAAUAUCCACCGGUGAAUGGGAACCUUUUGAAACCCCAAAAAGGUGCACACGUUUCUCCCUCAUACAGCAAGAUUUUUCUAAAGCCGUUUGGCUGGCGUGAUGCGAAAAAUAAACGUAUUAAUCCGCAAAAUCAGCUGAAUCCUUAGUCCUUCUCAUACAACAGUACAGCUGUAUAGUGAAGAGGACUCCUUCUACUCUACACGUCACAGCGCCCUCUUUCUCAACUCGAGACUAUUGCCGGAAGUCACUCAUUUUCAUGCCGCGGGAUUCAAAAAACUAAAUAAAUAUAGCCAUUGCUUCCACACACAUCCAAGCGGUCCAUUUCAUUCAGGAGCAUAAAAUCCUGCGUGUAUUAUGAAAUAAACAUGCUUUGUCGUGUCACAGGCACUUUAAGGAAAACAAGCAGAUUAUAAGACAUAAGAGAUACAUGACACCUUCUGACCACAGAAACCCAAAACGUGCGUCAGGAGGCUGACCUAUCAAGAUUGACGCUGACUGGCAGGUGAUAAGUAAGACAUCUACAAGCCCACGUCUACAACACCAAAUCCCGUCCAGAACAAAUGGUGGGAUGUCCUGUACUACCACAACACCCGAUAACAAAAACAAGUUUGAAAGCUUGGCACCUCUUAAGACGGUGAGGCGUACCAGACCUCCCACCUCAGUUGACACACGAACUUGACCGCCCAAAUCUGAAACAGAACACUACCAAAACACACCCUUCUUCCUGCCCACGCGAGAGCCUUCAAAAAGGCAAUGUUUAACUAAUGGUUGACAUUUUUCUCGGGAACCUUUUGUUGAAUUGUCAUAUGGUGACCUUGGAACGAGUCCGCCUCCUCGCCUGAGUCUGUUUCGCCUUGCCAUUUGAUCGCUGUCAACCUGAAUAAAUUGUCACCUUGUACUUCGAAACCUUUUCCAGCUUUCAAAAUGCAGUCAGUACAAAGGGUUAAGACUAGGGUUGUUCCAAUCAUGUUUUUUUGCUCCCGAUCGUUUUAGUUUGAGUAUCUGCCGAUCCCGAUAUUUCCCCAUCCGAUUGCUUUUUUUUUUUGCUCCCGAUUCAAUUCCAAUCAUUCCCGAUCAUUUUUCCGAUCAUAUACAUUUUGGCAAUGCAUUAAGAAAAAAAUGCAUAAAACUCAGACGAAUAUAUACAUUCAACAUACAGCACAUAAGUACUGUAUUUGUUUAUUAUGACAAUAAAUCCUCAAGAUGGAAUUUACAUUAUUAACAUUCUUUCUGUGAGAGGGAUCCACGGAUAGAAAGACUUGUGACUUUGUAUAUUGUGACUAAAUAUUGCCAUCUAGUGUAUUUGUUGAGCUUUCAGUAAAUGAUACUGUAGCCAUGCCCAAAUGCAUGAUGGGAAGUGGAACCAUGACUGUGCGUAGUGCUACCAAUUGAUAUAUCUUCUCUGCGUUGGGAAAUAAUAUAGGGUGUUAAGAAAAAGAUUAAUUACUACCUUGCUUCCCCACAUUGCUUCCCACGAUAUUUCUAAUCGUAGGGAGAGGGACUGUAAGGCUUUAGCCAAUUAAAAAAAGGCUUCAAAGGCUGCCAAAAUUUACUCUACUCAUUCUACGCUGUCUUGUAUCUCUCUAUAUAGGUAAAACGGCGCCAUUACAGAUUGAGCGCGACAGUGCGUGAGUGGGUUGUGCAGCACAUGCAUUAAUUGCAUUAAAUAUUUUAACGUGAUACAUUUUUUAAAAAAUUAAUUACCGCCAUUAUCGGGAUAAAUUUGAUAACCCUACCUUAAGCAAAAACUAAAGACUCUGGAUGAGUGUAACAUGUUAUGUCUGUAACGUUAAAUACAGUUAGAAAACGAUUUAAUGAAAUAAAAUAUACCGUAAUUUUCGCACUAGAAGGCGCACCUAAUCAUGGUAAAAUGGUAAAUGGACUGUACUUAUAUAGCGGAUUUUUUUUUGCAUGUUUACCAUGCCCAAAGCGCUUUACAUUAGCACACAUUUACCCGUUCACGCACACAUUCACACACCAAUGGGGCUGCUGCCAUGCAAGGCGCUGUCAACGCAUUGGAGGCAAAUCAGGGUUCAGUGCCUUGCCCAAGGGCACUUCGACAGUGGGCAGUCGUAGCCAGGAAUCGAACCACUGACCCUUCGGUCCAAGGACAACUCUAGCUACCAACUGCGCCACGGCCGCCACCCACCAAAUUUGACCCGAAAACGGCAUUUGUUCAUAGAUAAGCCGCACUGCUGUCCUGUAUCAUGGGAUAUUUACACCAAAAGAUAUUAACCGGUAACACUUUAUUUGACAGAUGCAUCAUAAGACUGUCAUAAGACCAAAUGAUCCAACAUGUAACUUUGAACCAAUUCGCUUGAAAGCUUCAUUGCUACAAGAAACCUUAUUUGGCCAUCACUGCUCCUUUGGGGGAGACAGUCAACCUCUGCGACCACCUGCUGUCAACACUCUUUUUGUCCAACAUGCCUCCUAGCAUGCAUUGCAGCGCUGCAGAUAUAAAUUACAAUUUCAAUUCAUGUUCUGUGCUAAUUAUUUCUUCAGUUACUGUUCCAGUUGUUUCAUUAAUGGCUAGUUAUGGAAUUUGGUAACACUUUAUUUGACAGUGGUGCCAUAAGACUGACAUUAGACAAUCAUAGUUAUGACAUAAGACUGUCAUGAGCAUCAAUGAGUGCUUAUAACAGAUGUCAUUUAGUGUUAUUGGGCAAAUUAUCUCACUUUUGAAUGGAUGUAAAAGCUCCGAGCUGGGCAUUAAUGGAAUUUUGCUGAUGACACUUAAUAAUUAUCGCUAGAAUGCCCAGGUGAGGUCCAUUUGGACUUUCCCAAUACAAAUACCUAUGCUCCAGAAUUCUCUGGGACUUCUAUUAAUGACAUCUGUCAUAAGCAUUCAGUAAUGCCAAUGAUAGUGUCAUGUCAUAAUCAUGAAGUUCUUAUGAACAAAAAUAAAUCAACAAAUAAGCCGCACUGGACUAUAAGCCGCAGGAUUCAAAAUGAAGAAAAAAAGUAGCGGCUUGUAGUCCGAAAAUUCCGGCAUAUAUUAAAAAAAGGCAUGUCCGAUAUUUUUUUGCCGAUUCCGAUACUUUGAAAAUGACGUGAUCGGCCUGGUUGUUGGUGUCCCGCCAGCCCGGGUCCGGUGGUUUGGCUGCCAUGAUUCUGGCAAUCUAGCUUGAAGGUCAGAUUCCUUCAACCGGUAACAGUUUAUUUGACAGCGGCAUCAUACAAUUGUCAUAAAACCAAAUGAACCACCAUGAAGCUUUGAGCCAAUUGGCUGCAAUGCUUCAAGAAGCUUCAUUUGGCCAUCACUGCUCCCUUACGGGAAACAGUCAACCUCUGCUGCCACCUGUUAUUAACACUGUUGUCGGCCAACAUGCCUCCUCGCAUGCAUUGCAGCGCUACCGAUGUAAAUAACAGUCAAAAUUCAUGUUCUGUGCUAAUUAUUUCUUCAGUUUCUGUUCCAGUUGUUUCAUUAAUUGCUAGUUAUGUAAUUUGGUAACACUUUCUUUUACAGUGGCGCCACAAGACAGUCAUAAUUAUGAUAUGACACUGCCAUGAACAUUAAUAAAUGCUUAUGACAGUUAUCAUUUUGUGUCAUCUGGCAAAUGAUCUCACUUUUUUUGAAUGGAUGUAAAAAAUCCCAGCUGGACAUAAAUCGAGUUAGUGACAUAAUUCAAAAUGAAGGGAAAAAGUAGUGUCUUAUAGUCGGAAAAUUACAGUAGUUGUUUUAAAGAAAAUCAGUAAGUCAUUGACACCAUUUAUAUUAACGCUUUGCCCACUAGAAAAACAAUGUCAAUCAUCAACACUUUUUUUUUUAAUUUAAAUGAACAUGACUUUUUUCUGCUUUGUGUACUGAAAAAAAUCUUUUUAUGUUACAUAUUCAAAACCUUUAUUAAUAACUCGAACAAGCUUUAUGCACUUAAAACAGUACAAUUGCAGAAUUGAGUUAAGUCAGGAAGGAAGGAAAUAGUCAUCCAUUGUGUCUUCAUUGUUACUUUUUUACAACAUGAUGAAAACAACUUCAAGUGAAAUUGUGAAGGUACAGUCAUCCCUCGUUUUUCGCAGUUAUUAUAAAAAUAAUCGUUAAUGACAGCAAUAGUUUACAAUCUCACCGCUCGGGUCCCGCCGCCGCACUCUCCGUACGUUCGGGAAACGAAGAUAAGAAGCGACGUGCGAAGGCCUCGGCCCACCUUAGCGCGCCGAC